AUGCAUAUUCCGUCAAUUGCGCUUCGUGAAAUUCCGUUGCAACGGGAGCAACUUCGAUUAAAAUUAUUCUAUGGGAACAAAAAAAUCACAACUUUCAAUGCCGAUCUCAUUUCUAAACAGGUUACAAAAUCGGGUUUUUCGUUGGUCUGGCAACCAACUGAAAAUUCAUCAACAGCAUCAAUUGUGAAAUUUCCAUUUGAGCGGCGUAAUGGAAAGGAUUUGUUGGUUGAAUUAGAGCUUUUCGAUAAAGUAUUCUUACAGAAGAAGGAUUUGAUCCGACUGACCGGACAUGCUUCACUUGAACAGCUGCUGCCAGCACUGGAUACAAAAAUAUCGCAAAAUAUUGCUCAGAUCACUGUCCGAAGUCGCGAAUCUGAUGGUAGUCAUACAGCAAAAGUCAACAUUACAACAACUUUGUCACUGAAUCGCGAAUUGCUUCUUAUUGCUGGUGAAUUUGUGCAGCAAGAACUGAUUCCGGAUAGUCGUUUAUGGUUUCUGUGCCAGUCGGCAUCGUUGAAUCGUGCAGCACUGCAGUCACAAGCGACCGUUCAUAUGGCUACGCACACGUUCGUUAUUUUUGUCAAAAUCUAUUGUGCUUUUUUAUGUGAAUGCAACCCAGACUGGAAUGCACCGGGCUGGCUGACGAGGGCAUGCCUUUUUGCGUUAAACUUGAAGUAA